GAUCGUUCUCUCGCUAUCCGCUUCUCGAGCAUACAACUUCAUCAUCAACAUAAUUUUACACUGAUGAUCAACAAUCAACAUUAGUGAUGUCGUCUGUCGAAAAUAACAGUGCUGUUUAUGUAAUUAUAAAUAAUAUACCAAAAAAUUAUCGUUCCGGCCAAUUGAGAAAUUUUUUCUCAUCUUUUGUUGAAUCUGGUGGUUUUAUUUGUUUUCAUUACCGUCACAGACCAGAAGUUCAGAAACCUUUAAAUGCCAUUGCUGGUGAUGAGAGAAAAAGAUGCGUUUCAAACUGCUGUAUCGUUAAAGUUGUUGCUCAUCGUGUACAGGAAUUUAUAGAAACUUAUAAUGGACAGCAUUGGUUGAAUAACAAUGGAGAAACUUUAUCUACUUGUUGUUUUAUAAAAGAGAUCAAACUUUCAGAUAACGGGAAUUCCAUCCAUGGAGGUUACAGAUGGGCAAUCCCUAGAAAUUUGCCUGUUGACCGAGAGGAUUUUUCUAUUCAAGAUGUGGAAUCUCUUCUUGAAAUGUGUCCACCAUCUUUUAUGCCAAAUGGAAAUGUAGGAACUCCUACAGAUCAUUUCUUAAAGGAAAUACGUAUGUGUAGAUUACCACCACCUGUGAUCUUUAAAUUAGGUCUGAAGUUUCCAAGAAGUCAGUUAAGAAGAAUUUACAGUAAUGUGGCAUUUGAUUAUAAAUCAAAGAAAGAAAGAUUGAAAUCAAAAAGCAAUGUUUCUAAUUCAAAGCCAGUUCUUGGACCAUCCUAUCAUAAAAGAUAUUGGCGUUCAGCAUUGCCAGAAGAAAGUUCUUAUUUGGAAGAAAAGGAUGAUGAAGAGGAAUCAGAAGAAGAAGAAUGGGACCGACAUGAAGCUUUACAUGAUGAUGUUUCUGGGCAAGAAAGAAAUAAAGAAAGACUCUUUGAAGAAAAAAUUGAAUUGAAAUGGGAAAAAGGAGGAUCAGGCCUUGUUUUUUACACAGAUGCCCAGUAUUGGGAUGCUAAAGAAGGUGAUUUUGAUGCCAAAACUUCAGAUGAUUGGGAUCUAGACACUCGGGUCUAUGAAGAACCAAGUAUGGAUAAUGAUAAGGAUAUGAGAGAUUUAGUGAAAAUGAAAUUAGAGGAAAAGCGUAGAAAUGGCACAGAAACAGUUGUUGACCAAAGAUAUGAAUUUGCUGGUUUUGAAAAAUUCAAUAAAGGUUUUGGAAGAAAAAUUCUUGAGGCCCAAGGAUGGAAACAAGGUCAAGGAGUUGGUAAAAAUGCUGCUGGCAUAGCAGAGCCUCUUCCUAAUGAAGGCCAAAUUCCAUCUGAUAAGAAAGGAUUGGGAUAUCAUGGUGUAAAAUUAGAUCGUCAUCCUCCCCGAGAAAAAAGAAGGCGUAAAAAUUCUGAUUUUGAAGAUGCAGAAGAUACAGUUUUUAUAUCUACAAUUUAUGAUGAUCCAAAAGUAUCUGAUCCACCAGAAUCUGUUUUUGCUUCAUCAUCUUAUGCUAAAUUAAAAUAUCGACGAGAAUUUUUGAAAGAAAUUCAGUAAUAUAGGGAGGGAAAAAAAUGUAUAAAUAUUAAUUUGUAAAUAAACAGAACUUAUUCAAA